UAAUCCGAUUGAGAGAAUGAAUCACUACUUGUGAUAAGUUGAAUUCAAAGAUAAGGGAUCCAGUAAAUCCGUUGUUCGAUCCUCAGAAAAAAGAACGACCAAUCGAAGUAAUGUUUUCUUGUGCUGUCUUGCUUUACGUGUGUUGUUCUACAAAAAUCACGACCAAAAUUACAAUACGCUAAAGUUUUUCCUAAACAAAUUUAUCAUAGCUACCAAAAGUUUUAUCUAAAAGUUCUUAGAAAAAAUAUAGUUAAGGAAUCAUACGGAAAUGACAGACGAACUAAUAACGAAAGUAUGUUCAUUCUUCGAUCGUCCAUUAAGUUCAUAGCUAGUACUUGGAUUCAAGUGCGCAGAUGCAAUGAUGAGGAAUACCUGUCAGAAACGGCGAAAGAAAAUGUUAGACGAUUGACAUAUUUUCACUUCCAGAUAAGUUUAAUAUUCAUCGUAAAGUGUUUCCCACCACAUUAUGCUUUGAAAACGUUCAUAAUUCUGCAAAUUCAUUAUUCUUAUGAUUUCACGUGACCCAAUAGACUUGAUAUGCAUUCUUUACACCGCAGAGCGUGGAGCGUGUUUCAGCGUGGAAUAAGUAGUUGAACUCUUCAGCAAACUCAUGGAGUCUGAUGUGGAGAACGAGUCACAAAGUUUGCAGAAAAAUCUGAUAACGACCUCAGAAUUGCACGUAAAUUAAUGCUGGCUACGAAAUAACUAUCUAAUUUUCAUACAGGGCAUGAAAGACCCCUGUUGUAGUGCAAACAACAAGCUGAAAUGAAGCGCCAAAACAUUCGUACCCUUUCAUUGGUGGUAUGUACUUUUACCUAUUUACUAAUUGGUGCAGCCGUGUUUGAUGCACUAGAAUCGGAAACCGAAGCUAGAAGAUGGGAGUUUUUAAAAAGUGUAAAAGCAAACUUUGUUGCCAAGUACAAUAUUACCCCGGAAGACUAUCAUAUGAUCGAAAUUGUAAUUACGGAGAAUAAACCACACAAAGCGGGACCCCAGUGGAAGUUUGCCGGUGCCUUCUAUUUUGCCACCGUUGUUCUGGCCAUGAUCGGUUACGGACACAGUACCCCCGUCACAGUGGGUGGAAAGGCUUUUUGUAUGGCUUACGCCAUGGUCGGAAUUCCGCUGGGGCUCGUGAUGUUUCAAAGCAUCGGUGAACGUUUGAACAAGUUUGCGUCUGUUGUAAUACGCCGUGCGAAAAGAUAUCUGCGCUGCAACCACACGGAGGCAACGGAAAUGAAUCUGAUGGUCGCAACGGGAUUACUUUCGUCGGUCAUUAUUACGACCGGAGCGGCUGUGUUUUCACGUUACGAAGGGUGGAGCUAUUUCGACAGUUUUUACUACUGUUUCGUGACACUCACUACGAUAGGGUUUGGUGAUUAUGUUGCACUCCAGAAUGAUCAAGCGUUGAUUAACAAACCGGGCUACGUUGCACUAAGUUUAGUGUUCAUACUUUUUGGAUUGGCGGUCGUCGCUGCUAGUAUUAAUCUCUUGGUGCUAAGAUUCAUGACCAUGAACGCGGAAGACAUACGACGUGAAGAAGCAGAAAUGCAAUCUUCAGUGGACGGUCUCACGACAUAUGAGUGUCAAUCUACCGGUAAACUACUUUCCUGUGCCAAUUUAAACUACUGUUCGGAAAUUGAAGAAGACACCUCUGUAUGUUCAUGUACUUGCUUGGGAGGCAACAGUUUGACAACCCACGAACACGAAUUUCUAUUAAACCAAGGAUAUCACCCAGCAGAUAUUAUUACCAGUACAAUUAGUUUGAAACGCAUGUCUAUUUAAAAACAUAAGGCUAAGCUGAUACAGAUAAUCACAGUCCUGCAUACUAGAUAGAAUUACGUUCCUUCUCUUACAAUAUGCCACUUCCAUUCCAUUAGAUAGAGUUAUGAGAAAAUUUAAAUUAACCUCCAACGAAACGAUGUGUGCCAAUUGCCGGGAAGAAUAACUCUCAGAUAAAAAUCCCUUCAAGUACAUUCGAAUCACUACAAAUAAUGUUCUUUGUUUCAUUCGACAUUUACCAACAUAUAUAAAAAAAUGUGACAGCACAUUAAAUUUCAUUGACAGAUAUGAUAUGUAUAU